AUGGCGAUUAAAGUUUUCAAUCACGAGCAUGCGUUAUGGCUGGAUCAGAAAAAGAGAGAUGAUACUGCUGAGUGCGACGCAUGCUCAAGUAUCUGCAUUGGCCCUACGUACAGUUGCCGUGAAUGCAGUUUGUUCCAUCUGCACGAAUCGUGUUCAAAGCUACAGCAAGAGUUGCACACCCUCUUUCACCAAAAUCCUCUUAGACUUACCCUGCAGGUGGGCCACAAACAGCGAUGUCAUGCUUGUGCCGUUCAUCCCUCGCGCUGCUUCUUCCGUUGCGACGAGUGCAACUUCCCUUUCGAUGCUAAAUGUGCUUUUAUAAAGCCAGCAACAGAACAAAUGGAGGAGCAAUUUAGGACUCAUUUUGGCCACCAGCAUCCAUUGCUGCUUCUCGAGAACAUGCCUAAUGAUCGAGUUGUUAUUCGUGCUUUCUCUUACAUUUAUAAGUGCCUCAAGUGUGUAGAAACACCAAUUUCUCCCCCUAAAAGGCCUAAUAAGAGGAGUAUGGUAACUCCUUAUAAGCCCAGGAUGAGUUUGUCUCUAAGCCAUAUGGGACUACUCAAUACGCCCCCUCACGUGUGGGCCGGUAUUUCCGUUACCAUCAUCGUGGGUAGGUCGCAGGAGCCCAUCAUUGAUCAUAGAUCAUUCCAGUUACACAGGGAAUGCAAUGUUGUGCUAAAGCCUGCCAUGGAAUACGAGGGCCACACCCACCCUCUACAAUUCAGGAUGAAUAUAGGUGAUACUGAUCUUAAGUACUGCAGUGCUUGCAACUCCAUUUGCAAAUCGCACGUCUUCAGCCGUUUCGAUUGUCGUGAUUUUAAUCUUCAUCUUACGUGUGAUCCAUUACCAUAUAGCAUUAAACAUAAUUGUCAUAUAGAUUCUCUCAUUCUCACCAACGCUCUUGCUAAACAUGAAGAUGAGACGGACGAUGAAUUCUCUUGUGAUGCUUGUCAGGAAACAAGAGAUCCACGAUUGCCCACUUACCAGUGCGAAGAUUGUUAUUUUGUUGCUGAAGUAAAAUGUGUCAUGUCUAAGGUAAUAUCAACGUUAGAGGAAAAGUAUGGACCUACGGAACUGAGGAGUCCUCUUGGACAGUUAGGUCGGUUGAUUACCAAAGAUAUUGCAAAACAUAUGGUGCCAAAAAAGGAAGACCAACUCGAGGCGGCUGCUUUAACUUUGGGUGAAAUUCUAAAUUCACUAAGUGAAGAUGAAGAAAAUGAGCUUUGCAAUGGUUUAAUCAGCAUCUUUUUUAUUCGAAAAGAAGGGAGCAAAGCUAUUGAUCAGGAGAAAGUUUUACAAUUUUCUGACGAGGCUUACUCACAAUUCAUGAAAUUUCUUGAUCAUGGCAUGAAGUUUCUUGAAGAAUGUCAAAGUGGAUUGCGAAGUUUCGAUAGUUUGGACACAUACAAAAUUUUGGGCCAGAACUUCAACAAACCCACCUUCGCCAUUCAGGAUAUUAGCUUCUAG